GCUAAAGGUACCAAUAUGGCGGAGGCUUCCCUAGGGAGUUCAAGUCCAGUUGGCUCUUUAUCAUCAGAGGACCAUGACUUUGAUCCAACAGCAGAAAUGUUAGUUCAUGAGUAUGAUGAUGAGAGGACUUUGGAGGAGGAAGAGUCUCUGGAUGGAGGGAGGAAUUUCAGCUCUGAGAUUGCAGAUCUGGAAAAGGAGGGAAAUAUGCCUUUGGAAGAAUUAUUGGCCAUCUAUCGCUAUGAGGCCUCAGCAGGCUCCAGUAUAGACAGCUCCUCUGGAGACCUUACUGAUGAGCUGCCUGACAUGACUUUGGACAAGGAGGAAAUAGCUAAAGACCUGCUGUCUGGAGACUAUGAGGAGGAGACCCAGUCCUCAGCUGAUGAUCUUACCCCUUCAGUCACCUCCCAUGAGGCCACCGAUUUCUUUCCAAGAACACUUCGAUCCAACGCCAUCUCCGAUGGCGAUAAAGAGUCAGAGUGUGAUGAAGAUGGCCCAAGCCCAGAGGACUCUAGAAAGGAAAUAAUGGUGGGAACACAGUACCAAGCAGAGGUUCCUUCUUGCCUCUGUCACUACAAAGAUGGGGAGAAAGUGUAUGAAGAUGAAGAUGAGUUAUUAUGGAGCCCAGGUACAUUGCCAGAAAACAAGGUGAGGAGUUUUCUGUCAGAAGUAUUGUCACGGACCACGGAUGAAAAGACAGGAUGUGACAAACCAGGGAUGCAUGUUCGAGACAAUGAGCAGGCUUUGCAUGAGCUUGUCAAGUGCAACUACAACACCCGUGAAGCACUAGAGAGAUACUGCAGCCAUGUAAAGUCUUCAAAAGAAAAAUCACCUCCGUGGUCAGAAGAAGAAUGCAAGAACUUUGAACAUGCACUACAGAUGUAUGACAAAAACUUUCACCUCAUACAGAAACACAAAGUCACAACACGAACGGUAGCAGAAUGUGUGGCAUUUUAUUAUAUGUGGAAGAAGUCAGAGCGCUUUGACUUCUUUGUGCAGCAGAAUCGGUUUGGGAAGAAAAAAUACAGCAGCUAUCCUGGUGUAACUGACCUGAUGGACAGGCUGGUGGAUGAGGCAGAGGGACUGGCAGUGGACAGUUCCUCCUCUGUGUGUUCAGGAGCAGGUGGAGGAGGAAGGCUGGAGACUACUACAGACCAACAGCUCAGCCUCCUCAACUCCAUCACUGCCAGUGACCUCACAGCUUUGAGUAACAGUGUAGCCACAGUGUGCAGCCCCGCAGAGGUUAGUUGCCUCGACUCCUACAGCUUUCCUCCACUGGAAAGCCUCCAUCGUGGGUCCCUAAACCAUGACGAAUCGCUUGGGUUCCCUUCCAACGGUGCAGACCCCGACUGCCUCAACAUGCUCGACGCCGGCUUCUACCACUCUGACCUGGGCCAGCUAGGGGGAGUGUGUGUCAACAAGGACUGCGAGCGGCCCUCCAAGAGACUCAAGAUGGCACUGCCUGACUCCUUUAUCAAUGAUGUGUCUGUGGGUAACCUUGGAGUGGACUUCGAAGCACGAAGGACAACAACACACCACCACCGAAUUACUGGCGCCAAAAUGGCAGUGUCUGUCACAGACUUUGGGAGCUUGGCUGGCAGUGGCGAGCCCAAUGGAUUUCUGGGAGCACAUGCACGGCACCACACACAGCACACUGCAGCACUUCAGUCAGAGUGAUCUUCGUCUUCUUCCCUUGUUCUUCCCUUUUGAAAUCCCUUAUCCCACUUGUACAUAAGACUGACCUCACUGGAGAAUCUGAUUUGUUUAAAUUCUAUUAUAUAUAUAUAUAUAUACAUAUACAUAUAUAUAUAUAUAUAUAUGUGUGUGUGUGUGUAUAUGAAUAUACUUUUUUGUUUUCAUUUUUUGUGUAAUAUGACAUCAGUGAUGUCUAUCAUAUAGAACUAAAAUCUUGAUUUCUCUCAAGAGUUUAUAUAGCCAUUUAUUUUAUUUUAUGCGGUCUUGAGAUGUGUAACGUCCAUGUACAGUGGGGCCCAGAGGCUGCAGUAGGAGAGUUGUGUAUCUUCCUCCCUUACAUCUACACACAACAUCUUCGGAGCUAACGUAUGUUAUCCUGCCAUUCUUUUCAGCUGCCAAAACUGGCUUAGUUUUCUGCCGUUAGUGUUAGUAUUUAGUUGCCUGUCUUUCGUAAUUUGAAGUGGUACUUUUUCUUUUCUUUUUUUUUUUAAUUAGUGUUUGGUUUACAGGUACUUUUCAGUAACCAGACUAGUGCAAAUGGUUUUAUUUGUCUUCAAAUAAACCUGGCUAGAUAUUGUAUGAAGAGCAACACUAGCAUGGAGAUUAGCUUGAAGUCCAGGAAGUGGUGGCUUCAGCUGCUGAAGCCUUCCAAUUUGGUUCUUUUCUUUUAGUUUUCUCCUGUGGAAGCUUGUCUGUAGUUUGUCUGCUUGUUUACUUUUAAACUGUUCAAAGUGGCCAAACUGGAACAUUUGAAUGUUUGCAACAGUUCAUUUUUAUCGCAUUUAAGCAUACCCAAAUUAUAGUCCCUGAUUCACAUUUUUUCUAUUACAUUUUUAAACGGGUGAUUAAGAAUAUGUUUGCAGAGUAACAUGAUGGGAGUCAACUUAUUUUACUGACAGAUCUGAAGUUUUUUUGUUUUGUUUUUAAUCUUGCUUUUUUGUGCUAUCAGGCAGACAAGCAAACCAUAGCAGCAAUAUUGCAAAGAUAUUGGUUGGGUUAAUAGCCAUUUAAUAGACAUCAAGAGACACACUAAAGUAUGUAUUUAUUGCAUAUACUUUUACCUUUUGUGAGAUUUUGUUUAAUCCUUUAAGCUUUAAGCUUUCACUCAUGCUACACUUGGACAAGUUUAGCUCUAUAUGUUCUUUAGUUAAUAGUUGUAGAUGUUAGAAUAUGUUCCUAAAUUAAGUAGCGCCAUUUUCAGACCACUUAGCAAGCUAAGGUAAGCCAGCUAGCAGUAUUAUCUCUUUAUUUAAAGCCACUCUGAUUUUGUGUUCAACCUCACAGCCUAGCCUGUACUGAGUAGAGAAUGCCUUGUAUAAUCUGGUCGACAAUUUCUCGGAGUGUGGUAGCAGAAAUGGAGCUGUUUCAUCUUGACUUGAGUCCGUAAUUGUGAACUGUAAAAUGUUUAGCGGGUCAUUGUCAGUUGAUUGGAUGCAGUAGUAGUGUUUACUUAAUUUAUCUAUGCAUUGUGCUAUGAAUAAUUAGUUUGUUUCAGGGGUUCAUCUUUGUCAUGUCCAUAGAUCUUGUAUUUCACCAUUAUGUAUGUACAGACGGGAUUCAUGCCUCUAAAUCAUUAAGUUCGAUCAAGUAAUUCAGUUUCCAAGCCCAGCAUCAGAGAAGAUAUUCACUUCUGCGUUUCAUGUAAAUAAUUAGCAAAUAGCCUUUAAAAAGUCUAUUAACUGACCUCUUACACUUGUGAAUCUGUGUUGAUACAAAGGUUUUAAUUUGAUUCCUUGUCAAAAAGGCAAUAAUUUGUAGAUAUGUACAGAUAUUUUGAGUUUCGCAUUUUACCGGUUGACUUGGUGUUUGAAUUUUCUUUUUUUCUCUUUGGAAAGUCAUGAUACCCACACACCAGGACACAGCUGAAACCACGCAUGCCAGCUGUGUUCCUUUCUCAAGUGUACCACUGAAAACGGCUUUACCCUAAGACGUAUUGAUAUUACUCAGUGUUGCAAUUUUGCAUUCGAAACUUGCAGCCAUGUGUAAAAGACGAUCAUCUUUCUUUCCUCAAAAAAAAACUUUACAUGUCGUCGUCUAUUUGUCUUGAUGGUAAAGGGAUGGCUGCUGCUCUAAGUAUGUGGAGAGCUCGUUUCUCUUUUAAUGCAAUGUGCAUAAUGCAGUAGGUCCUCCAAGCUCUUCUAGCUUUAGCAGUGCAGUGAUAUUUAUUUCACCUGUGGUUUGUACAAAGACUCAGAAAAACUGUCAGAAUGUAAAGGCCAUUAAGUAGUAGAAGUAGGUUUUUCACCACCCUGUGAACUUUCAAAAAUGUGAUAUUUUAUUGAUAUCUCUGGUAUGAGACUUGUGUGUGCAAGCAAGCACUAAACAAAUUUAUUUUAUAUUUUGUAUUGUGUUUUGAAGUUUAAAAAGGAAAAAAAAUUAUAGCAGUUGUUUUGAAAAAGAAAACUCGACACCUUUGAUGAAAACAAAAACACCUUUGUGAAUAAAAACCUACAAAACUUAAAAAUGUAUAUCCAGAAAUAUAGACAAUCAAAAACUUCACUAUGAGAAAUGUUCAAGAAGCUAUCUUUAUUGUUUAUAAGAAUUGUACAUAAGCAUUGAGUUGUUUUUUUUUUUUUUCUUUUGUUAAACAUUAUUUUGUAUUUUCUGUUGUACUUUAAUACCUUGUGUACAGAUCCAGAAAUAAAGCUCUGGAAAAGGUUCAGA